UAUCCAGCCACAUUAUUCAAUGGCUGCCAACUCAUCGGUAUGUUGACGGUUCGUCGUUAACAAAUCGUUGAAUAUUUUAUUAAUAUCUAGAGCUUUCGCUGAAAAUUAUUAAACGUAGUGUCUAAACGGAUUGCCUUGAAAUGCAAGGCGUGUUAUUUAUUUUCGCGACGUUACUCGCGUAUGGACACUGUAUAAGAUUUUACUUGGAACCAAAUUCGUUGAAAUGCUUAAAAGAGGAAGUUCUUGCAAACGUUCUGGUUGCUGGAGAGUAUGAAGUCUCUGUCACACCGGCUGUUAAAACUGAUCACAUAAUACGAGAUUCCUCGGGACAUAUCCUAUCCAGAAAGGACGAUAUACCUCAUGGAAAAGUAUUGAAAUUCACAUUCGUCACAGAGUCAUAUGACAUGUACGAGAUUUGCUUCAUGACACACUCUAUACAACCAUCUUUCUCAGGCAAUACUAAGGAAAACAAACAAGAAAUCUAUUUAAUUACUAAACAUGGAAUUGGAGCAAAGAAUUAUGAAGGAAUAGGUGAAGCAGCAAGACUGAAACCUUCUGAAGUAGAAUUAAAACGUUUGGAAGAUUUAUCAGAAGCUAUUGUUCAUGAUUUUGCUCAAAUGCGAAAAUUCGAAGAACAAAUGACAGACACUAACGAAGCAACAAAUAGUCGGGUGUUAUAUUUCAGUAUAUUUUCCACGUGUUGGUUAUUUUUGCUCUCUACUUGGCAGGUAUUUUAUUUGAGACGUUUCUUCAAAGCGAAGAAACUCAUAGAGUAAAUAGUAGGAAGAAACAGUGGAAAUUCUCAAACUUCAUACAACCUUUAUAUUUUGUCAAAUUUUAUUUAUUGGUUUUUUCGAUAUGUGAUUCGAAACAAGUAAUCAGAAUUACGGAAAAUAACGACCAACUUUGUAUGUUCGCUCACGUUUAAAUAAAAUAAUCAACAGCGUUAUACUUAAAUAAAUACACAAAUUAUAAGAUAAACGAUUCUUUUACAUUCUUUCGAAAGUUUAAAGAAGGAAUGUGAUACGUUUCUCUAAACUGAAACAAAUAUAGUUUUAGAUUAUUAUAAAUAAUUUGUAAUAAUUGCAAUUAAUUUAAGGGUUGCAAAUAAAAUAUAGGGUUUUAAGUUA